AUGGCGCUGCAAAGUCCGCCUGGCGCCUGUCGCCCCGAAAAGGGCAAAAAUGCGCUGGAGCCCAGCUCAUUAAGGCGCUAUCAAUCGAAUGCCCCCCCGGACGCAGCGUUCUUCCGCACCGGGCCGCCUUACUCUUACUGGAACAAGACAAGGCUCCAUAUUGCUGCUUCUCCUAGGAAACCACAGCUAUUCGUCACGCAAGUCGACAUCACCAAGCUGAGCCAUUGUUACCAAUCCUUGCAACAACAAACACCGCGACCCGACCAUCGUCCCCCUCCCUCCGUGUGCCGCGUCAAUACACUCGAAGCUCGCAUCAUCACCGCCAUCGUCAUCUCCAGCUUGUCCACCCCUUCGCGGUCAAGCAUCAUCAUUCUCCCUUCUCUCAAGCGCAUCUCCAAUCUAGCGCUAGGCUGA